AUGGGAAGUACCUCGCCUGACCUUACAACGUUGAUACGGGAGUAUGCAUGUCGCAAUUAUGUUUUGUUAUGCGAUAUAGCAGUGUCUCUUUUGUCAGAUUUACGAUUUGUUAAGCACAACUCAUGUCCAGGAAAGCGCUAUGGUGGUAAUAAAGGGAAUGAUAUUACCCCUCGCUGUUUGGCAUCUCAUUUACAACCGCGGCAUGUCAUCUUUCAUCUGCACCCGUUAAUAAUUGAAAUGGAAAAAGUUUCUUUUGGACAGUCUUUAAAGCCUUACUUUAUACAUUUAAAUAUUUUAGGAAGCUCUGGACUAACAAGAUCGAUCAAAACUGCGAUGGCAAGACCAACCACUCGCCGCAACCGUUUCUUUUGGGAGCUAAUUGUUGCUUUUAUGUUGGUUGUCUCUGCUGCUGUUUUUCAUACAUUUCAUUUUUUCAAUAAUGCAUGGUUGGUGCAAGUCAAUGGUUCCUAUGUCUAUCAGCGUGGUUUAGGAGACGACUGUGUAAAAAAUGAAUUUUGGGAUGGAAUUAGAUGCACAGGUUGGUCAGAUAGCGGAUAUAGUACCUUCAUUAUCAAUGGCCAGAAUAUUACUGCCUCGGAUGUUGUUCCACCUUCCAUAGGACUGAGAUUGGCACGUGUUCUCAUGAUUUUCAGCAUUUUAUUAUAUUUAGUCAUUAUUUUCUCGUUAUUUUUCACUUGCGUGAAACGCGAUCUCAAAGUGCAGAAACUCUUGUGUAGUGUGACUGUAUUGCUGGUUUUCAUCAGUUCGCUCAUUAUAUUCCUCGUUUUGGUAGAUAGCUCAGAACCAUUUAUCAAAACCAUGAAAUACUGUUCACUAGGUGGUGCAUUUUACUACUUCCUUUUAUCAUAUUUGUUAUUGUGGAUUGGAAGUGCAGUACAUUUUGAUUCUUGGAUCGACGUUUAUGAUGGUGUGCACACGAACGAUUUACCGAUGAGACUUUUAGGUCACAUUCGCAGGAAUACAACUUCGUAG